CAAACUUCCUUCCCCUUUAAUCAAAAACUGCUCAGCUUGACUCGAGCGAGAGAAGAGCUACUCACAAGCGGUUACACAAAGGGAGUGGAAGAACCUGCAGCAAUGGGAGUCAAACUGUACUACACCACCGUCACGGCCUCACGGACGGUGAAGUCUCAACAGGCAGAAGUGAUACGAAUCCUCGACAGUAAAAGCAUUCAAUACGAACUCAUUGACAUUUCUGUGGGCGGAGACCUUCGUGAUGAAAUGAGAAGCAAAGCAGGGGACCCAACAGCAGUCCCCCCUCAGCUUUUCAAUGAAGACCACUACUGUGGGAACUAUGAAAUGUUUUCUGAAGCGGUGGAAGCAGAUACAGUGGAACAAUUUCUGAAACUGGCGUGAGGAGGGUGAAGUGUAAUUCUCCAUCUUAACCCCACCCACCCUGUGCCCUAAUGGAGGCCCUUUUUUGUCCACUCUCUCUGCACCACUGGCGGUGUCCAACCACUUUCAAUGCCAUAAUGAAGAAUGCCAAAUAUCUCACAUUCAGCUGAUCAGAAGACACACAUUCCCCCUACUGCUCCAUUAGACUCUAAAUCAGUCUUAAUUUGUUUUAUUAUUAUGUGUUUAUUUUUCUGUUCUUUCCUUUGAUUCCUUUCAGACCCUUUUCCUGUCUGACAGACCAGUGUUACUAAGUGCUCCUAGUUGACAGGGAAUCAAGGGGGUGUCUAAAUGUGCAGUAAUUAGGUUGACUAAUCUUGGCCUUGGCCACAUGAUCGCUGGAGAUUAAACUAAUCCACUGGAUGACAACAUUCAACCCAGAAUCUUCCUGAUCCUCUGCAGACCAAACACGUAUUAUCACUCAGUCUUAAUUACUUUGUUGUCUUUUUUUCUGUAGCCUUCAAGUUCCCAUGUUGUACAUGACGGCACCCUAUUUGUACUUCACAUGAAUGCAAAUGCACACGGAAGUAGCAAGGACUUCGAUGUCCUUUAAACCCAAUUAAUUAUGACAUAUAGCAGCUGAAAGAUGCCCUUUUGGCAUGGAUAUAUAUAUAUAUUUUUUAAUUAUUUUGGUCCAUUGGUUACCUUAUUCAUUAUGUGAUGAGAGGUUUGAUUCUGAAUUGGGAUUACACCGUAGCCCACUGAGGUCCUGUGCUGAUUUGACCGGUUUUGAGGAGCGGCAAAGCCACCAGAUUUCAGAAAGUGUAAUUUUGGACAGAUAUUAAAAAUGCAAUUUACUUUAAUAAAGCUAGAAACUAGCACUUGUCUGUGACACAUUAAAGGUACCCUGUGGAGUUUUUUUGUAAAACAAAUGUACAGUUACAUUUAGUGUUUCCCACCACAAUGCAUUGUCCUUGAGGGCUUAACAUAUGUGUUGUUCUUUUCCUUCUCGACAUUUGCAAAGACUGAUUGCUAAAAUAUUUUAAAAUGUGCAAUGUUUACAUCUGUGUUUGCUAUCUUGCCGACUUCUUCCUCUCUGUCUUGUUGAAAACUCAUUGGUACCCCUGUCUGCGUGUUAGUGCCAUGAGCUGUCGAUCUGAGUAAUGUGAGACUGGUGGUAGCAGUGUCCAUUGCUUGUGUGCAUGAUAAAGAUGAAAAAGGGAGCCACUUGUAAAAACAUUGCUCUAUACUGCUACAAGUGGUCAAAAACUUCACAGGGUACCUUUUUAUAAAAAAAAAAAAAAAAAUCCCAAUAAUUAGACAAAGUUUGCAAACUUUGUUUAUGGUUUCUGGUCAAACCUCUCCGAGGUGGGUAGGGUUUUUGGGGGGGGGUUAGACUCAUGACCUCAGUAUUUCUAAGAUCAUGGAUAAGCCCCUGUUUUUAUCAAAAAAUUGUGGAUUUGGGGACCAAACACUCUCCUUAGAUAUGUUAUAAGGGUCUCCAGUGAGCCAGACGUAUUCAAAAGUUGGUAUAUUCAGAAGUCAGUGGUUAAACAGUUCAGCAGUUAGCAGCAUAAUUUUAGCAUCCAGCUGCGCAGGAUGAACAUGUCUGUAAACAUCACAUUUGGUGCCAAUAUAUCUGUAAUGCGCUUUUGGAGGUGGUUAUUCACUGUAGGAUUAGCACUUACCUGACAUCUUCUAUGUUUUCCAUAAUUUUACUGUAUAACUUGAAAGCUUCAUUUUACCAAUGGGUGCUCUGUAUUGUUGAAUGACAGAGCAAAAAGACGCCAAACAUUUGGAAGGGAGCAUUUCACAGCUAGUGUAAAUGAUUGGACAGAAAAGAUGUGAAUCUUCUUGCUUUCAGCCAUGUAGCUUUUCCUUCCUCUGCUUAUUUUAUGUUCCACUUUCACUGAUUGUACUUGGCAUGAAGAUGCAGUAAUGUGACUAUGCACUGAAACCCUGCCUCAUUAUGAACAGACAUGGAGGUCAAAGCUGGUGUGUUUAGAUUGACCUGACUCAGUCUUAUUAGCCUUAGGGAAAACUCACCACAUGGGAAAAAUGAAGGCUUCACUUAUUUGUGCUUUUUAUGUAUUUGCAUUCAUUCAUUUAAUUGAACUCAGUUGAAAUAUGUUCAUGUACUGGUCUCAUGUCUUUUUUUUUUAAAUUGAGAACAACGUGGUUUCCCUCUCCCACUCCUAACAUCUUUCAAACCCCCAUGUCUUCAUGACUGUUGCUACAGUUUGGGAUCCCCAGUAAUGACAGCCUUCAGACACAAUGUUUGUGCACUGUUUUGUAAGUUGAUGGUUGUAGAUGUUUGCCUGUUAUUGAUGUAUAUUCACUAUGAACCAUGUUUUAGACAUUCCAUGUCUCUCUGAGCUCCUGCUUUGCUUUUGGACCAAUUCUCCUUGGCCAAAAAAAGAAGAAAUUAGGGAAUAAAAUGCUGUUGUCUUCCAAGAAGAUUGUGAAAAGUGAUUUAUGGGUUAAAAAAAUAAAAUGGAGUUGAAUCUA